UUUGGUCCUGAAUUCUCUCUGCUUGUGUGUGUGUGAUUUACUACGCGCAGCACUGAACACAGUAGCCUAGAUAUUUUUUCCAUCGCAAAAUCUAGUCAUUUCUUCGGCAAUUGUCAACCUGCUUGAAAGCCUACUCCCUUUCAUAAUUAUUGGGAUUAAAAUUAUUGCUGCAAUCAGACUAGUUCUGACUGCCUACGUACAGUAAUUCUCGGGCAUUCCCCGUCAUGACCUAGCCCGCCCCUCUGGUUGAAUGGAUGGGAAAACUCAUUAGUUCGACCAUAGAUUUUCUGCUGUGAACGUCGUCUGUAAUCUGUUAUCAUUUUUGGGUUUACUUCGAUGACGGAUCUGUGUAUUCUGUCGUUACAUUCGAUGAACUAUUGUCCAUCUGGUAAAUAAACGAGCAACGGCAAUCCAGUGGUACGCGUUAGGGCUUAGGCCAUGGGGGGAAGCAAGAGCAAGCCCAAAGACGCAGGCCUUCGGACACGGAGUCUUGAUGGUAACAUCAGUUUAGGAGGAGGGGGUGGCGGCUACAACAUCAGCCCCGCCCAGCACACCCUCACGCCCAAUCUGAGUCCAGCAGUGGGCGGAACACGCCGGUCCACUCAGCCGUUGAUUAAUACCCCAGAGCUGGCCCUGUUUGGGGGAGUGGAGUCCGCCAAUAGCGUCACGUCUCCUAACAGAGGGACACUUGCAGGAGGUGUGACGACGUUCGUGGCGCUGUAUGACUACGAGUCUCGCACUGCCUCCGAUCUGUCUUUCAGGAAGGGGGAACGGCUACAAAUAGUAAACAACAUGAGAAAGUUGAACAGCAGAGAAGGGGACUGGUGGCUGGCUCGCUCUCUGACCACUGGAGAAAGUGGUUACAUCCCCAGCAAUUAUGUGGCUCCUUCCGACUCCAUCCAGGCAGAAGAUCAUCUCAGAUUGCCUAUGGCUUCCAGGUGGUAUUUUGGGAAGAUCACACGUCGCGACUCGGAGAGGCUCCUCUUGAGUUUGGACAACAGGAGAGGGACGUUCCUGGUGAGAGAGAGCGAGACCACCAAAGGUGCCUACUGUCUGUCAGUCCUGGACUAUGACAACACUAAAGGGCUGAAUGUGAAACACUACAAGAUUAGAAAGCUGGACAGUGGAGGGUUCUACAUCACCUCACGCACUCAGUUUAACAACAUACAGCAGCUGGUCACACACUACCACAAGCAUGCAGACGGACUGUGCCACUGUCUGACGGAGGUAUGUCCCGUACUAAAGCCUCAGACUCAGGGCCUGGCCCGCGAUGCCUGGGAGAUCCCCAGGGACUCCCUAUGCCUCGACCUCAAACUGGGACAGGGAUGCUUUGGAGAGGUCUGGAUGGGCACGUGGAACGGGACAACGCGGGUAGCGGUCAAGACCCUGAAGACAGGUACCAUGUCCCCCGAGGCAUUCCUUAUGGAGGCCCAGGUCAUGAAGAAGCUGAGACAUGAAAAACUGGUCCAGCUGUACGCCGUGGUGUCUGAAGAACCUAUCUAUAUUGUCACGGAGUACAUGGGACAAGGAAGCUUAUUGGACUUCCUGAAGGGAGACAUGGGCAAGAUGCUCCGCCUUCCUCAGCUGGUAGACAUGGCCUCACAGAUUGCCUCAGGAAUGGCGUAUGUAGAGAGGAUGAACUACGUCCACAGAGACCUCAGGGCUGCCAACAUUCUAGUGGGAGACAACUUGGUUUGUAAAGUGGCUGACUUCGGACUGGCCCGUCUCAUAGAGGACAAUGAGUACACUGCCAGGCAGGGAGCAAAGUUCCCCAUCAAGUGGACGGCUCCUGAAGCUGCAUUGUAUGGCCGCUUCACCAUCAAAUCAGACGUCUGGUCGUUCGGGGUCUUACUGACAGAACUGGCCACCAAGGGGAGAGUACCAUAUCCAGGCAUGGUGAAUCGGGAGGUGCUGGACCAGGUGGAACGUGGUUACAGGAUGCCUUGUCCUGCUGAGUGCCCUGACUCCCUCCAUGACCUCAUGCUCACCUGCUGGAGGAAGGACGCUGAGGAGAGGCCCACAUUCGAGUACCUGCAGGGCUUCCUGGAAGACUACUUUACCUCCACUGAGCCCCAGUACCAGCCCGGGGAGAACCUUUAGUCGAGAACCUGAGGUACUAUAGGGCUCAUGUUGGAAGGGGAGAGGGGAACGGUGCUCUGGAAACAACCAGACUGACCUCUGUUGCACCUGGAACUGAACUCCCAAUGACCACACACCUACUCCUGACUAUAUUAUAAUUAUUCAAUGUGACGAUAUCGUUUUUUUGUUACUUGAUUGAUGUUGAUAUCCUUCUGAUUUGAAAAGGACAGCACUAAUCUACUGGUUUAUUUUGAGUUAAUCUACAUUCAUACCUGUCAGUUACUGUGUGCUCCUAUUGACAUUGUGCGGUAGCUCCACCCCCCCUUCAUUAUCAUUGGACAUGAGCAGCAACCAACUGUAUGCACCAAUUCAAUCCAUCUCUUUAGAGAUACACCUUUGGAGGGCUAAAGAAAUAACAGAUUUCUCAUAUCCCUAUUGGUUCCUCUCUACAAUGAGAUUCCAUGUUUAAGGAUGGGUUCUUGUUAUGGUAUGUCUUCCAAUCUAUUCCCACAGACUGCUUGAGAAGCAACUCUGAGGGCUACUGUUGUCAGGAUAUCACUUAUGUUUUUGAUCAAAUUUGUUAUAAAACCUGGAAUAUUUGCUAUUAUUAUCAGGCCACAGUUAUUUCAGGUGAACAUUUCCCCCUCUACAUUUUGGCCAUUCUUGGCAGCUUGAGGUGUUGUUUGUAGUUGACCGAGGUGGGUGGAACUUUGACUGCGCAGACACUUCCAUGAAACAAAUUAGAAUUGCUAUGCAUGGAACACCCCUCCCCAGGCACUCUUAAAGAAGAUGAGAGGAGAAUAUUGUUUGUUAUUUUUCAUUUUAUAUUCAAAGCGUUUCUCGAAGAAGACAAAAAAGGCUACUGAUGAUCACUCAGUCUCCUCUCAGGAAGGGGACCAUGAAUCCUGCUGCAAUGUUUUUGUGCCAAUGCUGUAAAUUACUAUUUUCUACUCUCUUCAUUGUUUAAAGUAAAUUUUUUUUGUUAAUACAAAGUUCAAUAAGCAUUGCCCUGUAAUUAUACACACUAUUUGUGAAUCAUGCCCAAAUGUGUGUUUACUGCAUCUGAAUAAUACCAUCCAUAUUCCAUCAAAUAUCUAAGGCUUUGGUUGUUCAAACAUUCAGAUUAAAACCCAAUCAAUGUUCUGCAA